AUGUAUGCCCGGUACAUACCGCCCAAGAAGACAGCGCCGGUGGCUGCACCGGCAGUUACACCGGCAGCCACACCAGCGGCAUCUUUCGCCAGGGCUCUCCACAGCAAUGCGCGCCAUGCUCCCCCAGCAGUGGUGCAGCCGCCGCCGCCACCGCCGCCACAGAAGAGAAAGAUUGUGUUUGAUGACGACGACGAUGUUGUGGCUUCUCCCUUUCAGGCUGCAGUGAUCAGCAGUGCACAAGACACUACAGCAGAGCGAUCGGCAAAGCGGCUGAAGAAGGAGGCGAGAGAAGAGGUGGAACAGACUACGGCAGACGAUGAAGACAAGACGGCAAAGAAACGGAAACGUCGGAACAAGAAAGCCGGGAAGGAGAAGGACGGUGAAGAGGAGACGACAGAGGACUUGCCAAAAGCUGCGGACGAGGACACAGUGAUGGCAUCACCAGCACCGGCAGAGAAGGAGAAGAAGCGAAAGCGGAAGCGCAAGUCCAAGGGGGCGAAUGCAGAGGACGAGACCAGCGAACCAGCCGAGGCCGAAGAACAGAAGAAGCUCGAGGAAGCAGGGCCAAAGGACGAGGUGAAGGAGAAGAAGAAGAAGAAGAAGCAGGAAGCAGCAGCAGCAGAAGAUAAUGAGGAGUCUGCAGUGACAGCGAAAGAGGAGGCCGAGUUGCCAGACGAGAAGGAGAUGCCAGUGCGAUUCAAGGCGCUGCUGGAGAAGAAGGAAAAGUCGCUGAAGCGGGCGAAGAAGCGGGCAGCCGAGGGGAGCGAAGAAGCGGUCACAGCAGCAGCAGCAGAAGGUGAGGCAGAGGUGUCGUCACAGCCGCAGGAGCUGCACGGCCUAGAGCCGCUGCCGCAGCCGGAGCCGGUGGCAGCGGGAACGACGCGGCCGACGUACGACACGCAGCCACGGUGGCUAGCCGAGCCGGUGCGGGUGUCGGCCGACACGCGGGCAUCAUUUGGGCAGCUGGGCAUCGACGACGAGCAGGUGCAGCGCGUGCUGGCAGAGCGUGGCUGGACCGACGCCUUUGCGGUGCAGACAGCGGUGAUCCCGAUGCUGCUGCCACCGUCGGCCGGCCAGCAGCGGCGUGGCGACCUGGUGAUCUCGGCAGCGACGGGUUCGGGCAAGACGUUGGCAUAUGUUCUGCCUCUGGUGCGGGAUCUGAGUGGAGGUGGUAGCAGCCUGUCCGGACGACGGCUGCGGGCCAUCAUCGUCGUGCCGACGCGCGAGCUGGUGCAGCAGGUGCACGACGUGUGCGAGACGUGUGCGCGGGCCUUCUCGGCCGGCAGUGCGGGUGGACGGCGUGUGCGCAUCGGUGCGGCCAUGGGCAACCAGUCGCUGCGUCGCGAGCAGGCCGCCCUGGUCGAGGAGGAGCAGGUCUACGACCCGGCGGGCUACCGGGCGGCGCUGCGUCGGCGACAGCGGUGGCCGUUGGUGGGAGCGACGGAUGGCGGCAGCACGACCGACUGGACCGACUGGGUGUCCGAAUCGACGUCGUCUGUCUUGUUGCCGGAUCACGUGAUCCGAUACAAGUCCAGCGUCGACGUCCUCGUGACGACGCCCGGCCGUCUGGUCGAGCACCUCCGGUCGACGGCCGGCUUCGCGCUCGACCACGUCCGCUGGCUGGUGGUCGACGAGGCCGACAAGCUGCUCGGCCAGAGCUACCAGCAGUGGCUGACGCAGGUGCUGGGGCGUUUGGAGAGGCCAGGCAAAGCGCCGCUUGGCGCCCGCGACUUCUCGGAUUCGGCCGAGAGCGGCGUGCGCAAGGUCGUGCUCAGCGCCACGAUGACGCGCGACCUCAGCAGCCUUGGCAGCCUGCGGCUGAGCCGGCCGCGGCAUGUCGUGCUCAAAGGCACGCGGCCGGACGGCGAGGACGGCAUCCACAACAGCAGCGGUGCGGCCGAGUACGUGCUGCCGCGACGUCUGCGCGAGUCGGCCGUCAAGGUGCGGGACGAGUCACAGAAGCCUCUGUACCUGGUGGACCUGCUGAACGACAGCGGACUGAUGGAGGUGAUCAACGAGGGGGUGGAGGGGGGUGACGAGAGCAGCGAGGACGACAGUGACAGCAGCGACAGUGAUGACUCCAGCCACUCCAGCCGCUCCAAACCCACAAAGACCUUUGCCACGACGGCCCUCAUCUUCACGCGAUCCAACGAGAACGCGCUGCGGCUGGCGCGUCUGCUGGCGCUGCUGCUGCCACCACAGCUGGCCAAGCUGGUUGGCACGAUCACGUCGACGACGCGGACGUCGGAGCGUCGUCGCACGCUGCGCGCUUUUGCGGCUCGGCAGCUGCGCAUCCUCGUGGCGACCGACCUGGCAGCCCGCGGCAUCGAUCUGGCGCAGCUCGAUCACGUGAUCAACUAUGACAUGCCGCCGAGCGUCGAGUUUUAUGUUCACCGCGUCGGUCGCACCGCGCGUGCCGGCCGGCCGGGUCACGCCUGGACGCUCUUCACGAAGAAAGAGGCCGGCUGGUUCUGGCCUGAAGUGGCCGGCCAGGGCGGCAAGGCCGGCCGGACAGUCCUGUCGGUGGUGCGGCGCAGCGGCAAGGUGGCCAAGGUGGUGGUGGGCGAGGAAGACGAGGAAGACGAGGACAGCGAGUCCGAAACGGAAACGGAGACCGAAACGGUCAGCGCCGGGCGGUUCAGCAAGGCACGCAUGGCCGCGUACGAGGCCGCGUUGGAGCAGCUCGGCAAAGAGGCGGCGGCCGAGCGCAACGGCGGAGGCACAAAGAAGACAUAG